AUGUAUACAUGGGUGAUUUGUUCCUACAUUGGCAGUUCACCAUCUCAGGAUGUGGAUGGAAUUUGUCCCAAACUCUGUCGUCCACAUACAAACGCAUUUCGAGAAUCCUUGUCAGUUGCCACUUUACAGGAACCUUCAUUGUUCUAUGCGCACGAUUUUCGUGAAGAUGCAGUGGAUAUUUGUGAACAGCUUCAAUUCGCUUUACCCGGUUCGUGCGGUCUUAUUGAUCGGGGGGUUAAUAUACUUGAUUUUGAAUGCGAGUGUGCAUCAGGUGCAUACGAAUGGAAAACCACACAGGAAAUCCGAGGAUGUUUGCUCAAAGAUAGCAUCAUGGCUACUGAAAGUGAUUCAAAUGCGACCAACUGGCAUGUGCUCUGUACUCCUGACCAGAAGUUUCGCUACUGUGAUCCGAAAAAUACCGACGUGUGCUACUUCCGUUUGUGGAAGGAAUCCAAUGAACCUCAGCUGAAUUUGACCACAUUUGUACGCCAGUCGCGUAACCCGUUUUGCCACUGUAAGAAAGGGUUUGCCGGGAUAUCUUGUGCCGACAAAUUUGAUCCGUGUGUGCAUCUGAUUCCUUUGGCAAUUAAUGACCCAGAAAACUAUAUCAAUAUCCACAUACCAGAUGGACCGCAUUUACCACUCUACUCUAAUGACGAGAUUUCCGGGGCAAGUGGAGAUUGGCUUUGUGGUGUACGGUCAGGACGUGGGAUGUGUAAUCCUACUGGUGAUCCGGAUUCGCCGUUUAAGUGCAUAUGUUCCAAGGGUUAUGAACGAGACGAGUUGUAUAGUGACCAAGACAAUUGCAUGAAAGAUACUGUCACCGACCGGUAUACCGAGAUUGACGGUCGUUUUGUGGUUUCCUGUGGUGACGGAUACUGUUUGAAUAACGGAUACUGUGUGUCCAAGACGAUGACGGACAAACUGGAGUACAACAUCAGUCGAGUCAGUGGCGUGACCAAGACCUCUGAUCAGUUGGAUGUAACAUUAGUAUGUCAGUGUCCGGUUGGAUAUGUCGGAUCCUUUUGUGAUGUAGAAGAGAAUACCUGGUCCGGAUUUUUCAAUAAGUUUCCAGAAGUGGAAAUAUGUUGUCGGACCGUUCGAUGGGAUCUCAUUGCCGUAACCAAAACCUGGUUGACGACUGACAAUUUGGACUCCGAGCUGCGAUUACCAGGCAUGGAGCUAUUGAGGCGUGAUCGUCCAACGCGAGGUGGGGGCGUGUUGCUCUACCAUCAUAACAGCUUGCAAUGCGAGCAAAUUGAGUCCCGUUCGCUGCUUCCGAUACGUUAUGGUGUAAAUUGA